AUGAAGUUCGGGAAGGAUUUCCGGAACCACCUGGAGGAGACGCUGCCGGCGUGGAGGGACAAGUACCUCGCCUACAAGGCCCUCAAGAAGCUCAUCAAGAACCUGGUGCCACCCGAGCCCGCGGCGGCCCCUCCUCUCCCUCCUCCUCCUGCCCCCGCCGCCACCGCCGCCGAGGGGCCGGGGCCGGGGGCUGUGGCCGCCGCGCAGGGGAACGUCGACCUGGGAAACUGGUUCGCCAGAAUCCUCGACGCGGAGCUGCACAAGCUCAACGAGUUCUACAUCGAGAGGGAGGAGUGGUACGUCAUCCGCCUCCAGGUGCUCAAGGAGAGGAUUGAGCGCGUCAAAGCCAAGAAGAAUGAUGCUUUUACAUCCAGGAGUGAAUUUACUGAAGAAAUGUUAGAGAUACGCAAGGAUUUUGUGAUCAUACAUGGUGAAAUGAUUCUUCUGCAAACCUACAGCUCCCUAAAUUUUGCUGGACUAGUGAAGAUACUGAAGAAGUAUGACAAGAGAACAGGCGGUGUGCUUAGCCUGCCUUUCACUCAACGUGUCCGUCACCAGCCAUUUUUCACCACUGAACCUUUAACAAGGCUUGUUCGAGAAUGCGAGGCUAAUCUUGAACUUCUUUUCCCGGUCGAAGCUGAAGUUCUUGAGCCUAGUUCAUCCUCGAAUCUGGAACCGCAUGAUGUGGCUAGGUGUGACCCAACAUCAUCCCGCGAUGUGGAAACCGUCGAUGUUUACCGAAGCACACUUGCAGCUAUGAAAGCAAUACAGGGCCUUCGGAAAGCCAGCUCUACUUACAACCCCCUGUCUCUGUCUAGGUUCUUCCAUGGCGAGGACGGCGAAGCCUGCUCUGGUGCCAUCACUUCUGAGAGUUCACUGUCAGAUUCCUCAACAGACUCCCAGAUUCAGGAUGCUGGAAAGGAUGAUAAAGAGGUGCAAUCAAAUUCGAAGGAGCAGAAUGCUGCCCAAGGGGGACAGAAUUGCACAAGGCGAGCCCCGACUGAUGAAUAA